GGCGGCGGUCCCGCCCGCCCGGCCAACAUGGCCCUGACGGCCGAGAGCGAGUCCCGGCUGUACCGCUCGCUGCGCGUGGCUGCCGGUGCCGCCGCGCACCUCGUGGCGCUGGGAUUCCCCGCCGCCGUGGCCGUACUGGUGCGGCCCGGAUCCAGUCUCUUCUCGUGGCAUCCGCUGCUCAUGGCCCUCGCGUUCUCGUUCCUGAUGACGGAAGCGCUGCUGAUCUUCUCCCCGGAGACCUCGCUGCUGCGCUCCUUCUCCCGCAAAGUCCGAGUGCGGGCGCACUGGGCCCUGCAGCUGCUCGCCCUGCUCUGCGCGCUCCUGGGGCUGGCAAUCAUCACCUACAACAAGCACCUGAACGGCAAGGGCCACUUUGUCACCUGGCACGGGCUGACGGGGCUGCUGGCCGUGCUGUACGCCGGCGGGCAGUGCGCCGGGGGCGUGCUCCUGCUCUACCCCAAGCUGAUGAAAAACUGGACGCUGGCCAAGCUGAAGCUGUACCAUGCGACCUCAGGGCUGGUGGGCUACCUGCUGGGCUGUGCCAGCCUGAUGCUGGGCAUGUGCUCCCUCUGGUUCACCACCACGGUGACCGGUGCCUCGUGGUACCUCGCCAUGCUAUGUCCCCUCGUCACCAGCCUGGUUAUCAUGAACCAGGUGAGCAAUGCGUACCUGUACCGCAAGCGGAGCCAGCACUGAGGGCUUGGUGCUGACCUGAACUUCCCAGAGCGAGCUGGGCCUCCCCUUGCAGCCCCCCUGCUCGCACAGGUCUUCUUAGAACUUGGUUUUACCUCCUCGUC